AUGGAUGGGUCGAUAAUUCCCUUGGAUCGUCUUUCGCAAUGGAUUUAUGCUGUCUGUGUUGUUAAUUUCGACGUGGAUCUUGGACAGACACUGGAAUAUGUUUAUCCGCAACAUAUUCAACUAACCGAGGCCGAACGUAUUUCCAUCAGCUAUCUGGCAUUUCCUGACUCACAUUCCUCAUGCGAAGCGAAUAGUCAGCACCACUUUCGUUUUAAGUGCACCUCCAUCGGUCGCUUACUGUUAAAAAACUUCUCUUUGCUUUACAAGAGCUAUUGUUCCGCAUUUUUGGUCGGAAUUAUCCUGUUUAAGCCUAUGUUUGACGUCUGUUUUGGUUACGCUUUCUUCAAACAAGAAAAAGACUUCACCCAGAAGCGACAUUAUUCCCAAAAAUCCAUUGUGAUCCUAUCUCCGCUGCCAUUUGAUGUCUUCUUCUACGAAAUUGCCAAAAUCGUCGCAAAUGCCUAUUUUUCCCAUGGUACAGAGGGUAUUGAGAAAUCCUGUAGGGAGAUCGAUUCCUGGCCUGCUCCAAAAACCAACGAGCAACUCACCCUUCCACUUCUUGGCACCACGUAUUCUCUUCGAAUAUCUAGUGCUGCCGGAACGGCCAUACCCGCAUCUGAGUCUCCAGUUUGUGGCGAGUCAUCCUCCAAUAAAGAGGACAAACAGGAUUCUGGAUCGCUCUCCAGCUUUUCUUCCUCCUUUUCUCUCUCCUUGUUGGCUGAAGCGAUACUUGAUUGCGUUGACCAGACCAUUUCCAACAAGUCUUCUACCGGAAUACUGGACAUUCACUCAUCUUCCAGGAAUUCAAAUUCGUUGUGUGACCUUGUUUGGGAUGGGGAGUCGCUAAUAAAGAUGCAGGAUGUUGAAUUAAGCCUCGAUUCUCGUCACUACGUUCAAGCUUUUGCUCCGGUUCUGGCUCAUCUUCAGCGUCUCUGGGAGCUGGUCAUAACGGCUCAGCCCCUCCUUGUCAUGGCACCCAAUCCGAAUCAGGCAAGUCAGACUGUGCAGGCCCUCGUCUCCUGCAUAGCACCAUUUGCCUUCUCCGCCGACUACCGACCUUUUUUUACGAUCUACGACACCGAGUUUAAGGAAGUCUCUCGCGGUUGCACCUCGAGUCCAAUAAAGAUUCUGGGAGUAACCAAUCCCUUCUUCUCCAAGGCUCUUCAUCAUUGGCCAAACGUAAUCCGUCUGGGGGAAGUUAAAAAUAUUGACAAGAGGAAAAAAAUGCAUCAGCACUCGUCCAAGACACUGCUUGAAGACAUGAAAUCCGGACUGUAUUCACGUUACAAACCCUUCUUAAAGCGAGAUGCCGGAUUUUUUAAGCGUCUCAAAAAGGCCCUUACUGAUGGAACCCCGGACGAGUGCAUUUCCCGUGCCAUCCACCGGUUCUUCCAAGAACUGACCAUGAGCUUCCUUAUACCUCUGGAGCACUAUCUGUCAAGCCUUAUGCCCCUUCAUCGUGACAUCUCUCCCUAUCGUUGUGUGCCCGAGCUAAACCGUUUCAACAUGAACGAUUUCUUCCGCACUCUGGAGACAGCAGGUCCUCGGCUCACUUGUGAUGUCAAGGGUGACUGGGUCGGUCUUUACAAGCUAUUCUUCUCCGGUCCUCACUUCAUCCAUUGGCUGAGCCAUCGAGAGGGGGAGAUUAUGGAGAAGUUGCAUUCCCUCCACUUGGACGCAAUUCUAAGGGCCAAUUUUGACCUCUGGAUCGAGAAACGCUCAGAAGUGGAAAUCGUUGACAUGAUAAUUCGGUUAAAUCAGCUCGCAGCAAGAUAUGGGCAUAUGGUCUGCAAAGUUGAGGGCAUUCGCCGACAAAUCGCGGUCCUGCUUGAUGCCCUGCCAGAAGACCUGCGUCAAGUGGUUGGUCGCAGUAGUACAGGAACUGGAGCACCCAUCAGUGUGAAUGGACGGGGCUAG